AGCAGGUCCAGGCUUAGUAGCAGAUCCAGGAAGCUUAGGAGCAGGCUUAGUAGCAGGUCCAGGCGGCCUAGUAGCAGGUGAUGCUGGCUGCUCCGGGCUAGACACAUGGGGACAGACAGUCUCUGGCUCAGGCUGCUGGUUCUUCUCCGGUGCUGGCUCCUCCGGGUCGGACUGCUCGUCCUCCGUGGCCAUCGUGGUAGGCAUAGUCGACGAGCUGUCGCCGCUAUUAGAAGGCUCCCUCAGGGUGACGUGGAGUGCCCCGUCCCCCUCGUUCGACGAGUACACCGAAUCCGAGUCCGAGUCAGGGGCCUCCGAGGCCGAGUCCGAGGAACCGCCGUGGAUGCCCGGCGGGCGGUAGAGGCUGACGGUAACUUUGCCCUUGCCCCUGUCCCCAGUAGGGUAGAAGGGCUUGGCAGCCGGGGCCUUUGACACAGAGGAGAACCCAUUGUUGAAUAUUCUCACAGUGCCCCUGCUAGGGUUCCUUGCAGUAUUGCAGUCAUCGCCGUCGUCACUGCCGUCAGACGGCUUCUUGAG